ACGACACGAUUGCGCCCGAUGCGCGUCCGAACGCCUUGGUGAGACACGAACGUCGUUCGAAACGGAGAGAAGGGCGAUGUUGUACUCAGCGAAGAAAGACAGCUGUCGCUUCAUUUUCAGCUGAUUUUUGUGUACGCUUCGAACUGCACUCGCGUUUCAAGAGUUUCAUAACGAGAAAGAGUUUUCAGAUCGCUACUCCGAUUUCACAUCGCAGGCAAAGGGCAUAAAAAGGGAACAAUCGAGAAGCACAGCUCACCGUGACGAACAAAGGGAGAUGGUCCAUUGAGCGCGGGUGGUGCGUAGUGGACUGUCGUGACGUCAGAGCGCGAGCGUCGCCGGGGCGUCGGGCGGUCAGCAGCGCCAGCACGGGCCGAUGCGGCGCGCGCGGGACUGAGCUCGGCGCUCGGGGCAGCGCGGCGCUCUCGCUCCGCCAGCCUGGCCUCCACUGACUCGGGCGACGAGGGCGCCGGGCACCGGCCGCCGCGCAAGCGGUCCCGCAGGCUGUCGCCGCCAGCGCCCGCCAUGCAGCAGCCCCAGGCCAACGGCCAAGCGGCCCACGUCAACGGCGACGCUGACCGCAACGGCGCCCCGCCAGCGCCUGGCCCGCACAUGGCCCAGACUGAUCAAGAGAUUGUUCGCCUCAUAGGCCAGCACCUGCUCUCUAUUGGCCUCGAACGCAGCGCCGCCCUGGUGAUGGAGGAGUCCGGGUUGCACCUGGAGCACCCGGCGGCCGCCACGUUCCGGGCGCACGUGCUGGCCGGCGACUGGGGCAAGGCCGACCACGAGCUGCGCGCGCUGCACGCGCUGCUGCAGGGCGAGCAGCUCGACCCGCACUCACUUGCAGAGAUGAAGUUCGUGGUCCUGGAGCAGAAGUACCUCGAGCACCUGGAAGCCGGGCGCGCGCUCGACGCGCUGCACGUGCUCCGGAACGAGCUCACGCCGCUCGGGCACGACACGGCGCGCGUGCACCGCCUGUCCGCGCUCAUGAUGUGCGCGGACCCCGCGGAGCUACACGCGCGAGCCAGAUGGCCGGGCGCCGGCGCGGACAGCAGAGCGCGCGUGCUGCAGCGCGUGCAGGCGGUGCUGCCGCCGGCGCUGAUGAUGCCGCCGCACCGGCUGCGCGCGCUGCUCGCGCAGGCCGCUCAGGCACAGGUGUCCCGUUGCCGCUUCCACGCAGCGCCGCGGCCGCCGCCCGACUGCAUCCCCUUCAGUCUGCUGCAGGACCACCACUGCUCGCCCGACACCUUCCCCAUACACCCGCUGCAGGUUCUAAACGAGCACUGCGACGAAGUAUGGUACUGCAAGUGGUCCCCCGACGGCAGUAAGCUCGCCUCGGGCUCCAAAGACAACACCGUCAUGAUCUGGGACUACGACCCGCAGGCGCGCCGCCUUGCCUUCAGAAAGUCGUUGGAAGGGCACUCGUACGGCGUGUCGUACCUGGCCUGGAGCCCGGACGGGCGCUGGCUCAUCGCGGCCGGCCCGGAGGACUGUCCAGACCUGUGGAUAUGGAAUAUGGAGACGGAGACCCUAGCGACCAAAAUGUCGCACUCACAGGAGGACUCGCUGACCGCCGUGGCGUGGCACGCGGGCUCCGACAAGUUCGUGUGCGGUGGCGCCCGGGGACAGUUCUACCACUGCAGCAAGGAGGGCCAGCUCCUGAAUAGCUGGGACGGCGUGCGCGUGAACGCGCUGGCGACGCGCGGCGACGGCCGCGGCGUGCUGGCGGCCGACACGCACCACCGCGUGCGCCACUACGACUUCACCGACCUCACCGACUGCAACCUAAUUCAAGAGGAGCACGCGGUGAUGGCGAUGUGUGUGGACGCGGCGGACUCGCUGCUUCUGCUCAACGUGGCCAACCAGGGGGUGCAUCUCUGGGACAUUCGCGCCCGCGCGCUGGUGCGGCGCUUCCGCGGGCUGUCGCAGGGACACUUCACCAUCCACGCGUGCUUCGGCGGCGCUCGCCAGGACUUCGUGGCCAGCGGCAGCGAGGACAACAAGGUGUACAUCUGGCACAUCUCCGGCGAGGAGCCCGUGGCCGUGGUGGCGGGGCACUCGCGCUGCGUGAACGCCGUGGCGUGGAACCCCGUGCACCACGACGUGCUCGCCUCCGCCUCCGACGACUACUCGCUGCGGCUGUGGGGCCCGCGCUGCUAGUAAAGCGCGCCCGCCCGGGAACGACUCGCAUCUACCGACAACUACACAACAAAGCAUCGACAUCCUAGGGCAAGACUGACACCAACCUACAGAUAAUUCUAUCGACUUUUAUUCGUUCAUCGUAUUGCCUCAAUGAAAAACUAUGAUUUAAAGUACCUCAAAAAUAAGGUUGUAACAAAAGACAUAAUUCAAUAGUACCACAAAGAUUUUAAGGACGCGCAUCCUAGUAUAUAAUCGAUACGAAACCUUACAAAUAGACGCUGGCCAUGUACUAUAUCUAAUCCUAACUAGGGACAAUAAAAACUUAAACAAAACCAAAUGAAUAGUGGAGGAAACCCGAAAAUGCGGUGAAUCGUGAUUCUCAAGUCUGCUAUUUCUUGUUACAUUUUUGUACAUGAUAACAGAACGCAAACAAGUAAUUAUAUACUACAUUGUAAAGUAACUGAGUCGUUACUAUAUCAAUAUGUAUUUUGUUUUCACAUAUUUAUAUUCGAAACUGAAUUUUUGACCUUUAGUGUCUAACAGAUCUUCCGUCCGAUAAAACCAGAAUGUUUAAUUCUAUUCUGUUUGCGAAUUUAAUUUAAAAAAUGAUUAUGAAUAAACAUGGUAGGAACUUUUAUAUUUUGUUCGUGAUCGCGUCUUCUCAAUCACAAAUCCAACAGUUAUCAACGCAUCAUGACAAAUUACACGUACUGCUCGUAAUCAACUUACUUUUAAUUAAACCUUUACCAGGCUAAGGGAUAUAUAUUUCCCACAUACGGGACUUCAAACAUGUGUUGUAUUUUCGAUGAGUCAGACUGACAUUCGAUUGUCAUUUUUGAAAUGUCAGCCUGGUAAAGGGUUAAAGAAGAUACCAUGACGGGUGUUGUAAGGUACCGAAUUAUAAUUAUGGCUUUUAAAUAUGUGCCCAAAGGGAAAAAAUUAAACCAAUAUGUGAUACCACAUUCAACAUGUUUAUUGAAGACCCGUAUAUUAUUUAGCCUUUAAUUUUGUGUAAACUAAUCGUUCAAGUCGGCGGGCGAAGCGCUCGAUUUAAUAUGACGUAUUACGGCUGCCAAAUAUUAGGUAUCAUUUAAUUGUCGAUCGUAUAAUUGAAACCUGUUUAAAAUGGCUUGUGAGGUGUCCCGUCGAAUUCAUUGAAAUACCGACUAAUUAGAGACAAUUUCUUGGUUUUUGUAACAAUUAGUUUGCCAAUUUUAAAACUAGCAGCAGGAGCUUACAGGUUCGCCUAACACUACAGUAGGUACCUAUACAACUCGCGUAAAAAAAAAAUCAAAUUGAAAUAAUGCUCCGUACUUGGCAAUACAAUAUGAAUUUCGGUUCUGAUACAUUAACUUUAUAAAGAAUCAUGUGCAAUAUGCGUGCCAUUUACAGUGCAAUAUUAUAAUGUAUAAAUAAAGGUGUAUUCGGCGGGAAACACAAUUGCUGGCUUGUAAAGAGUGUUCGGAUUGUAUAAAUUGUAAUUUGUACUUACGAUAAUAAUUACAUAAACCUUCACUGUAACUCAGCUUUCGCUACGUAUAAGUGAUAUUCGAACGCUCUUCUAAUUAAAUUUAAAACAUGUUAUGAAACAUAGCUAUGUAUAAAUCUUUAACUAUUUCUUUGGAGUUGUAUCGUGGUAAAAUGAAACUCGACACUUCCGACAUUCCUAGUUGCAGGAGAAUUCAUAAGAACUAAAUUGUGAGAUCUAUAAAAAAAAAGAUAGUUUCAUAGUACGGUCGUGUUCACUAAUAUCCUUACAAGACAACCUUCCAAAAAUAUAUGUACACGACCUUAUACGUGGGCCAUACUGAAAGUUUCUGGAUUCUGAUAUAUGAGACGACUUAUUUUUUCUAAGUGGCCAGUUCCAGGAAUUUUCAGUAUGCCCUAAGUAGUCAGUGUCUUAGAGGCGUGUAACUAUAUUCAAUUACACAAACGGGUCUACCGCGAUAUAAUUUCAUUGUUUUUACCUUUAAUUCCGACGUUUCAGCUGAUGCAACUCAGCUGAAACGUCGGAAUUAAAGGUAAAAACAAUGAAAUUAUAUCGCGGUAGACCCGUUUGUGUAAUUGAAUAUGUGUACAAAACGCGAGAGUUUUAGCGUGUAACUAUGUUUAUGGAACGUUGGCUCGUAAAGAUAUUUGUGUACUUCUGCAACUGGAUAACAGGAGUUUGAGGUUGAGAUUAUGAGUGGUCAGAUUCGUAGGUUAACUAGGGUUAGACGAGGACCGUGUACCAUAAAUCAUAAGGCAAUACAGAUGUCUAAUACUCUUUAACACAUUCACUGCCAAGAACACGUAUGUGUGUUCAUUUUGAUCUGGAAACGGGGCGGCCGGCACCGAAAGUGUUAACAAAUAUCUAGAUAAACUAAAACAAUAGGUAAAAACACUGCGGUUCUCCGGUUAAAGAGGAAUUUCCUCUCGCGGACGCUCCGACUGUGGAAUGAGCUCCCUGCUGAGGUUUUCUCGAGGGGCUACAGUAUGACGUUCUUCAAAAAGGAAGUGUGCAGAUUUUUAUAUGGUCGGCAACGUGCCUGGAUUGCAGGCGCUCAUAGGCUUCGGUGAUUGCUUAUCAUCAGGUGGGCCUUACACUUGUUUGCCACCGACGUGGUAUAUUAAAAAAGACAAAAGCAAAGGCACACCGUUCUCUCGAUUAAAAUCUUACGGGAAAAAAUACUUUUAUAACAGCUAGAUAUAACUUAAUACCGGUCCUCAUCAUACGUGACGACUUUUCUAUACAAACAUAGUCCUCUUUUUCCUCUCUGUAUAUUAUCGUUAAAGAAAAUGUUAUUACGCUAUUUGAUGUAUGUAUACUAACCAGUGCUAAGUCCUGUUUAUAUUUUUGACGAUUUUUUUAUUACGGCGCGAUUUUGAAAGUUGUUUUUCGCUCGUAACUCUUUCAAUAAUAAUAAAAUGUGCGUUCGGGGAUGGUAUCCGCCACGUGUAUCCCUUGCUUUUAGAUUAAAGUGUCUUAAAGGGCCUCUGCGCUGUUGGCUUCGGCCCCACGUACGCCUCCCAAAGGUCCCGGACCCCAUGGUCCCGAGAUAUGGAAAAGACAUAUAAAAUGCCAAAAAGAGGCAUAGCUAUAGCUAAUAUUAAUAUACAAUAGUGUAUAAAUAUUUACCAUACCAUACCAUAAUGUCAAUAGGUAACCAGAGAGGAAGAUGGCGACCAUGUUUAUACGGAGAAGCGGCCGUCCAUUAUCGUCUGAACCUCCUGAGACUAAAUGUGCAAUCGUGCAAUCUAAUUGAAACAUUUCAUUAACCAAACAAAGUACCAUUUCUUUUGUUUCAUUGCUUUUUAAAACAAACGAAAUUGGUUCCAAUUUACUUAUAGAAAAAGUUUCAAAUUAAAAAUAUGAAAACUUUAUAUGCUGGGUCUUACAAGGUUAUGUUAUGACCAUGCUCAAUGCAAUCUUAUCUAGAUGUUGUUGUGUGAUGGUCGCGGUCCUCAUUCGCGUAGGGUCUCCAGGUAUGUUUGUGACGUAGGCGUAGGAACCACGCGACUGAUAGUUUAUCGACUAGGGUCGAUGGCGGCGAGUUGGUUUCUUUAUAAUUAGUUUUAACUAAAUCGAGAGUAAUUAGCUAUCUUACUUGUAAGGCGUGUACUAACGUACAUUUACUUUAAACGGGCGACUUAUUAUAUUUUCACGAUAUUCAUGCGUUAUUUCAACAAAAACAGACUUAGGUAUAUUGUUUAUUUAUUGACCUUUGUAAGAAAUAUGAAUAUACGCGUUCAAAUUCUGAGUUUUGUUAAAAUAAUGAGUUAUGAACUAAAAAUCAUGAACUAACCGAAGACUUGGUUUCAAAAGCGGUCUCAUACUUACAUAACUUGUUGAGAGAGACGCAGCUAUAUCGUAAAAUGAGAGGUUAAGAAUAUCCCCACUGUGUAAUUGUUUUAGUUUCACUUAUUUUAACAUUUAACUGCGUCUUUAGGAUGAGAUAUGUAAUGAUUGGAACCUGCCUUAUAUUUAUUUUAGUGCGUAUUUCAAUUGAAAGUGAACUUAAAAUGUUAUAUCAGUAAAAUUAAGGAUGGUUUAGCGUAGGACCCGCAAGCUUUACAAAAAGCGACCUUAUUGUGCGGUUAUGGUUUUAAAUGAAGUGGCGGGCAAGACAUAAGUAUGGUAGCGAGCUAAGAUAUUCGUAGCCAGCUAUCCGCUCUAUUUUUGUACCGACCACAACCUCCAAGUUUAUACUAGGAGUUUCGCUUGUCCAAUACAUCAUGUCGGCCUUUCAUGCGAUGUGUUUAACUGCUAUUUAGUCUAUUUAUUGUACACGUAAUAGCGUGUGACUUACUGACAGUACCGUACCCAAUUCGUUACUCAUAAUAUGAACUACGCGCAGGCCCCGGGGUGGGGGUAGAAAAAUGAAUUUCCGCGCCCAUCAUAUUGCAGUGAUAGCACGCAUGUUAGGCCGGGAGCCUGUUUUAUCAAGCUGCUCGAGGAAUCUUUAAUGCAAGAUUUUUGCACUAAUGUACAAUUAUUGCCAAUCUAUCUCUUUGCGGCACUUCAGAUUUUAACACCAUCUUAACCGGAUUAGUUUCGUUUCUUUUAUUAAUAUACACUUCAAUUAUUUUCCUUAAUACUUACUAAAUGUGAGAUAUAUGAGCAUUUCAGAGUAGCUUAAUAAAGCAGGUAUCCUUAGCCUUGUAAAUAUAUCUAAUGUGAGGAUAUUCUACAUUCUAAAUUGUAUCGGUAAUGAUAAUGCUAGGAUCGUCCCGGCGGCCUCCGCUUUCAAAAUUAUGUGUGAACAUUUUUAAGUGCUUUUAUUUCGAAUAAUUUACAUUUAUAAUUAAUAUAAAGUUAGGGCUCCGGGACUGGCAAUAAUGUGUGUCGUAGGAAGUACAAAGGAGUAAGGUCACGGUAGAAUAGCUGAGGGCCCGCGCCCCUUUCGAUUGUUAUAAAUAAAUAAUUAUUAUAUCAAUAAAUUUUUUAUUGUAAAGUA